AUGAAUGAAACGGAUAUUAGCCUGCCGAAGCGCAUGCGCUCCGGCUCUCUAUCGUCGCCCGAAAGUGGAAUAGGCACGCCGACCCGGAAGUUCCGUCCUCAGCGCAGGCGCCUCACCAGUGACUCUUCAAUCACAGAUGAUAGCAUUUCGCUGCACACGCGUUCCAAAUCUUCAAUCUCGGCCGAAAGUGCAGUCAACAUGAUGACCCCACAGUUACGUCGUAGGCGCCCGCGUAUGACCAGUCGCUCUUCCACCAAGUCCGAAAGCAACUGCACGGGCUACGGUGGAUCGCCGGAUUCUGGGGUGGAAAUGAGUCCGCUCUCUCACUGGUCUACGGCUCUUGUAUCCCGGAUUUCCAAAUCGGAUUACGACUUGUACAAGAUAAAGCCGCGCUGGUUUUCUGCCCCGAAGCCCGAUAACGAAGAACAAAAGGCGGAGCGAAACUAUCGCUCAGAGCGCUGGUUCCGCGCUGCCGCCCGCGACAACGAGUGUUAUGACGGGCAAUGGCCUGAGCGUGUAUCGCACUGGUUGAAAGGGGCAUAUUCUGAAGACGAAUGCCGGAAGUUGGCGUUGAAAGUUCUUGGCGUCACUCUACCUGCCAAACAAUUUCGGUUCCGUCGAGAUCCGGCCGACUUCUUUGAAGACCAACGAGUUCCGAAAUGUGAAUGGGCAACCGCGGACAACCUGUCAGAUUCGAUGUUGGAGAUCGACGAGGCUUAUUAUGACAACAAGCCCCCGAAACACUUUUACAUAGACUCUUUG